AUGCGUUUCUCCAUCGCCUCUCUCAGCCUCUUCCUCGCAGUUAUUGGAUCUGCCGCUGCUAUGCCAGCUGCUGAGCCGACUGAGCAGAUUGACCAGACCGACCAGCUUGCCCGUCGUGCCAGUUGUGGUAUGGCUUAUAGUGGCCUGUCUAACUGCAAGAAAUACUGCGGUGGUGGAACCUGCCAUGUUAUUGCCCUGGGUCCGCUCCACAAAUGCAACUGCUAA